UUAAAACUUUGUUUUCGUUUCCGGUAGAUUGUUGUGGCUUAGAAACGAGUGAAAUUUGACUGCAUGCUGCAAUGAACUGAAUAAGCGAACCAAAAGCGUGAUUAAACAAGAUAUUUUGCACAUCAUCACAUUUUAGAGAUGCCUGUUUACAUUAGAAAGAACGUUAAUUUUACCCCACCAUCAAUCGACAAGUUCCCUUUGGAGGAUGACGAGGACUAUAUCACAGACCCCGAUCAGUUGGUUGAUAGACUUCCACAACCGUAUCGUAUGAUAGACAAGGUUCUUUCGCAGUGGUAUGAUGAAGUAUGGGAAAUCAUAGAGAAACGUGAAAAUGAGCGCUUGGAGGAGAGCCGUAGGAUCCGCGCACCACAGUAUCAGUGUUCAAAUCAAAUGAAGAGUCAUGGAAGGGCCUGCUGUAUAUGUGACAGUGUAGAUGGACGAUACAUUUUUAUUGGACUUCCCAGAGGAUUGGCAGCUGUGGAUUCAUUGACCCAAGAAAGAGUGGCCACUUGGGAGGAAGAAAGUGUUGAUAUACACUAUGUGAAGGCUUAUUUGAUUGGAGUUCAGGUGUAUCUAGUGACCACCAUUGAUGAUAUGGGUUUUGCACGAUUGUUCAUAUUUGGGGGUGACAAGUUUUAUUUUGUGAAGAUUUUGAAUGAGUUUCAGUCAGAUGAUUUUGGAGGUGAAUUACAGGAGGGUGGAACAAAGCUGAUAAUUACAAAAUGUGAGGCUUCAAGGAAUGGUGACUAUCUCGGUGCUGUGUUUGAAAACCCAGAGACAGCUGAAGUUUGGCUGGAGGUAUAUAAACUUCCCAGGGAUGCCUGGCUUAGUGAGUUAGAGUCAGUUCUAGCUCAGGCAAAGAAGGAAGAAAAAGUGGAGGAUCAAGAUCAAGGCACUGAAACUGUAGCCACAACAGAAGAAGAGGCCCCCACUCAAUCUGAAGGGGACCCACCCCCACCUGUCACCCAGAGUCAAGAAGAAAGCCAUGGAGAGAAGCAGAUGCCUAAAUUAUCACCUACGUCUGUCGUGAUGAAACUGAAACCUCCCCCCUCUAUGACGGAACUUAGACAAAAAGGUAACACCUCCUCCUCAGUAUAUUCAGCUUGUCAGAAGGUGGACACAGGUGAGGUUGUCGGUACUGGUGUAAAUCACAUAUUGACCCCCAGCCACAAGGAAAUGAGGAAGGAAGUGUUUGCUCAUCUCCAUGACAACCUGAUUGACUAUUUACCAAAAGAGGAAGAAGCAGAAUCUCUGGAGGAUGUCAAUUUCCAUUUUAUGACUGCUGGGAGAUUGGUUCCCUUUGGUCUGGAACAGCAAAGCCAGAUAGGGAAUGAAGAUGAACUAAAGAGAUUGCCAACCACUCUAGCUGUUUGGUGGAAGGGGUCCACACAUAUAGUACAUUACUCAUUGCUCAAACAACACAAAGAUUUUGAGGUGAAGCCUGAUUUAGUCUGGCCAUUCACUAGCCCCGUGACCUCGUCUGCCAUCAGUGAUGACUCCUCCUUAUUGGCUGCUGGAUUUGAAAAUGGAAAUGUUGUCAUCUGGGACAGAUAUUUAGGUAUACAGCGAGGAGUGGUGAACAUCAUGGACCAGGUUAAGAUUGCUCAGCUGAUCUUCCUAGACCCCAGCAUCUGUCCCCAGACACUGGACGAUUAUAAACCAUACAGAACCAAGUCCUCCACCUACCUACUGAUUUUGUGUGACAAUGGGGCCCUGUUUGUUAUGAUGACGGGGCCAGCCCUGGAGCUAGACCCCAUUUGUGUCACCCCACGAGUAGAAAAAGAAGAUGACAUAUUUACAAUGGUUCAGCCUGUACAAGGAAUGCAUGAUCUGCUAAUAACAAUCCUGAAAUCAGGGAAGGUGCAGAUCAGAGAUACACUACAGGGGAAGGUUCUUUGUGAACCCGUUCUACCAAAGUCUCAUGAACUUAUGACCCCCUGGGACCCUGUGGUUGCUGUUGGAGCUAUGGGACAACUUUUGUUUCUGAAAGGAAACAAUAAAGACUAUGGAGAGGAGGAGGGAGGGGAUCAAUCUGAGAGUGCGGGGGCGUUAUUUGUCUAUCAGAUGAGGUCCUUCCCCUCCCUAGACGCCUACAUGACCAAAAAGAGGGACAAAGUACAACAGACCGUCCAUGCUAAAACAGAAAACAGGGUAGAGGAACUGAUGAAAGAAAGGAUUGCCAUGCAGGGCCUCAGGAAAUCUCGGAUGCAGGAGAGAUGGGGGAAUUUAAAGGAGGAAAUCUGGAGCAUUCUCCAGUAUAAGGACGAGGCAGAGAAACUGGCAGACAUUAGACCUGAAGUUCAUUACAAGUAUGUGAGGAAUUUCUCUCAGUGAAAAAAAGAGUUAUCAUUGUGGAUUAUUGUAUGAUAUCAGACACCAGGAUCAAUGGGAUGGACACCAUUUUUCCAGAAAUAAAGAUGAAGUGUUUAGAAAUAUUUUUAUGUAUGACUUUUUAACCAAAUUUUCCGUCCAGUGUGAUAUUUCUUAAUUUAUGGUUACCUGUAAAUAAAUUGUUAUAAUGUA